AGAGAGGAGCGAUGGCCCUCAACCGGAUUCAACCCCGUAAUCGUCUCCCGGGGGUGUGAAGUGGAGGAUAGGGUGGGGGUGGACUGGGGGCGAUUGGCCUCGUUGGCGAGGAGGCAGACCUCCGAAGAGACGCACUGUCCGCGCAGCGCUGCGCUCCCGAGCCUCGCCCGGGUGAGCGCCUGGCCGUCCCCGCAGGGACCCCGGUGUCCCCGCCGCCCCCCACCUUCUUUCGGCCGAUUGAUCGGCGGAGGAGGAGACCGACAACGAGGGGGAUGCCGGAGCCCCGAGCUGCGCCCCGGAGGAGGAGGUGGAGGAGGAAGGGGGAGGACGAUGCCGCCGCUUCGUAAGGGAGGAAGGAGACAGCGAGAGCCGGAGCCCCAGCCCCACCGGGGGCAGCGGCGGGAGGCGCGUCGCGGGCAGAGUCGGGACCCCCGCACCCCGAGCCGCCCCCCAAAAAAGUUUGGAGCGCGGGGAGGGGACGGCGCCGUCCCAGGGGGAUCAUGCCCGAGCGGGGCUGCGAAAGGACCGCAACUCCCGCAGGUAAUUCUCAGCAAAUUUCAAAGCUUUCUGGAGUCCAACCUUCCAAGACAUGAAUAAACAGAGAAAAUGUUCCUCCCAAAAUUAGAAAGUCAUUACGCAAGGCUUCUCCCAUCCAGGAUUGAUCGAGCUGAAGUAAAAAACUGUGCAGGCAGAACGAAGCUGAAUUCAAUCAACAUAGAAGAAGGAGGAUCUGCUUCCGUUGGUCCCUGGCAACUUUAAUAAGACUCUUCCCUGGUGGGAACUGCGCAAUUAUGGCAUUUUGGUGUUUAUGGAGGAGAACCGCACAGUGAACAACCCAGGCUAUUGAGGCAGUGGCUUUCUGACUGAGAGCAGAGAAUUAUUUCAUCAUUAGCCUUCCAGACUUUACCUCUUGUUCGAGUACUGGACACAAAGCCAAUUUCAAUCACUUCAGUUUGGCUAUCUUUUUUUUCCGCCUCUCUAUCUCUUGUUUCUUCACUUUAGAAAUGGGCCUGCAGACUAUGAAGGGGCCCAUUCAUCGGGUCUCUUUCCUGAGAUCAUGGGUUAUCAUUUCCCUGGGGCUCUCUAUGCAGGUUUCACAAAGUGUGGCCUGUCCGAGCGUGUGCCGCUGUGACCGAAACUUUGUCUACUGUAAUGAGCGAAGCUUGACCUCAGUGCCUCUUGGGAUACCGGAGGGCGUAACCGUACUCUACCUCCACAAUAACCAAAUUAAUAAUGCUGGAUUUCCUGCAGAACUGCACAACGUCCAGUCUGUACACACGGUUUACCUGUAUGGUAACCAACUGGAUGAGUUUCCCAUGAACCUUCCCAAGAAUGUCAAGGUUCUACACCUGCAGGAGAACAACAUUCAGACCAUUUCCCGAGCUGCCCUAGCCCAGCUCUUGAAGCUCGAAGAACUGCACCUGGACGACAACUCCAUCUCGACUGUGGGCGUGGAAGAUGGGGCAUUCCGGGAGGCCAUCAGCCUGAAGCUGUUAUUUUUGUCCAAGAACCACCUGAGCAGUGUCCCAGUUGGCCUUCCCGUGGACUUACAAGAACUGAGGGUGGAUGAAAAUCGAAUUGCCGUGAUCUCAGACAUGGCUUUCCAGAACCUCACAAGCUUGGAGCGCCUGAUUGUGGAUGGCAACCUCCUGACCAACAAGGGCAUUGCCGAAGGCACCUUCAGCCACCUUUCCAGGCUCAAGGAGUUCUCAAUAGUUAGGAAUUCUCUCUCCCAUCCUCCACCUGAUCUCCCAGGUACCCACUUGGUCAGACUCUACUUACAAGACAACCAGAUAACUCACAUUCCUUUGACAGCCUUUUCCAAUCUCCACAAGCUGGAGCGACUGGAUAUUUCUAACAAUCAGCUGCGGAUGCUGGUGCAAGGUGUCUUCGAUGAUCUCUCCAACCUGAAGCAGCUCACCGCCAGGAACAAUCCAUGGCUUUGUGACUGCAGCAUCAAGUGGGUCACCGAGUGGCUUAGGUUUAUUCCCUCAUCACUCAAUGUGAGAGGUUUUAUGUGCCAGGGGCCAGAACAGGUCCGGGGGAUGGCUGUCCGGGAGCUGAAUAUGAAUCUAUUGUCAUGCCCCACCACCACCCCUGUUCGGUCCCUUGCCACCCUAUCCCCAAGCCCAACACCCACCACCCAGCUUGCCACUUUGCCUGCUCCAACCCCCAGCAAAAACUCUACUCUUCCAAUGCCCACCCAAUCCAAACUCCCCACCGUGCCUGACUGGGAGGGCAGAGACAGGGCAACUCCUCCAAUUGCUGAACGUAUCCAGCUCUCUGUCCAUUUUGUGAAUGACACUUGCAUUCAAGUCAGUUGGAUCUCCAUUUUCACCGUGAUGGCAUACAAACUCACCUGGGUCAAAAUGGGGCAUAGCCUGGUAGGGGGCAUCGUACAAGAACGGAUAGUCAGUGGCGAGAAGCAACACCUGAGCCUGGUCAAUUUGGAGCCCAGAUCCACCUACCGGAUUUGUUUAGUGCCGUUGGAUGCUUUCAAUUACCGUGCCGGGGAAGAAACAGUCUGUUCUGAAGCCACCACCGAUGCCUCUCCUUUAAGCAACGGCUCCUCCAAUACGGCCUCCAGCCAUGAGCAGACGACUUCUCAGAGCCUGGGUUCCCCCUUCCUGCUGGCUGGCUUAAUUGGAGGGGCAGUGAUAUUUGUGCUUGUGGUCCUGCUCAGCAUCUUUUGCUGGCACAUGCACAAGAAAGGGCGCUACACCUCCCAGAAGUGGAAAUACAACCGGGGCCGGCGGAAAGAUGAUUACUGUGAGGCGGGCACUAAAAAAGACAACUCCAUCCUGGAGAUGACAGAAACCAGCUUUCAGAUUGUCUCUUUAAAUAACGAUCAGCUCCUUAAAGGAGAUUUCAGACUGCAACCCAUUUACACCCCAAAUGGGGGCAUUAAUUACACAGACUGCCACAUUCCCAACAACAUGCGAUACUGCAAUAGCAGCGUUCCAGAUCUGGAGCAUUGUCAUACGUGAUGGUGAGAGGCAGCAAGAUGCUUAAGUGGACAACUGAGACUCUGAGGACACACAUACACACACACAAACAUGCACACACACUGACACACACACACACAAAUACAUUUGAUAAAUGUUACACAGAUGCAUUUGUGCAUUUGAAUACUCUGUAAUUUAUACGGUGUACUAUAUAAUGGGAUUUAAAAAAAGUGCUAUCUUUUCUAUUUCAAGUUAAUUGCAAACAGUUUUGUAACUCUUUGCUUUUUAAAUCUUUAAAAAAAUGUUGCUGAAGUACUGUACAGGGUUGUACAAUGAGAACCCAAUGCCAUGGCAAAGGAAAGACUGAAUCUUCCUUACGAUGCACAUUAACCACUUUGCUGUCGAAGCUGUCAGAAUAGGUUCCUUUUUAAGAGCGGAUUCCUUGUUAAGUGCUGGCAGUCAAGGUAUAAGUGCAGAUUCAAAUGGACUCAUCAGGGACUGGAUAACAAAACUGAGAUAAGAUGAAAAUUGACCUAUGUGUUUUCCUGCUUCUUCUGUAUUUCCUGGUUAUAAGUUAAAGUAGAAGUGCCAAAAUAUUAUGAGAAAAGAGGUUCUGACUCCAAUCCUGGUUUGACACAAAGCAGGAAAUAACUAAAACAUCACAGGAAAAUCUUUUCUUGUGAGAUGCUUCAGCCCAAGAGGAUUUGAUAAGAUUUGGAAAAGCAUUCAGAUUUCCGUGGAGACUAUCUCUAAAUAAAUCAGAAUAAUGAUCCAGUCUUUUUGCCUGAGUGGCAGAAGCUUCACCAGAAAAGAUAAGGGGAUGGUUGAACUAAACCAUUUGAAAGGAAAAAAAUCAGUUCAGAACAUUGUUUUAGGUGAGAAGAGGAUGGCAGAAAAAUGUGGAGGAUUGAUUUUUUUAUUUUUGGAAUACUGAUGAUUAUUUGGAGGAUCAUAUUUUUCCUGAAUAUAUUCUUUUCCUUUUCCUAAUUUCUUGUCUUCCACUUAGACAUUUUUGGAAAAUGAAAGAAACUAUUUUGUUUGGAGGGUCCAAAUGCUCUCUCUCCUUUAGCUUCUGUCUUCCCUCGGUGUUCUAAUGGGAAUCACAGAGGACACUUAAUGUCCAGCCAUGGACACACCCAACUCCAAGAUUGUUUUGUCCAUAUUCUUCAGGCAAAUUUUUGUUGAUCCAAAGUAGCAUUUUGUUCAGUGACUCCUAUGCUUAUCCAAUCUGGCACUUUUCACUGUUGGAAUUUCAUUAGUUUCUAUUCAGUGUGAGUUUCCUCUUCAUUGGGAGUUGUAAAGAGAUAACUAAUCUCACUUAGAAUGUCAGGGCAACAGAAUGAAAAUAGUUGUUUAGUAUUACCAGAGCAGGGGAUAGAGGUUUUUGUUUUUUAUUUUGUUUUGUUUUUUAAGGAAGUUGUAAUGGUCCAAGCCUGUAAUCCUCAUUUUUUUUUUUAAAUGUGUGCCUCUUCUGAGAGGGCACAGUAGUAUUCUAUUUUUCAUCCAUUAGAUGUAGAAGGGCUAUGCCUAGAGAGAGAAACUAGGAAUUAUCUGAGAGCUGCAUCCUUUAAACCUUCUUGAUAAAAUCAAAUUUUGAAAUUUCAUUCUUUGGCUCUAAAGCUGCUGUUUUUUCUAGCUAUUUCAGUGGUGCAACCUUUAUGUGACCUAUACAAUUUUUUUUUCCUAGUAGCCUCGCAUUUCCACAUCAGUAUCUCCAGGUUACAUGUUUUAAUUAUCUUGGCCACCUACCAUAAGCAGAACAGACUGGAGUUCAUAUUUGUCUGGCUGUAGAAUGAGGCUGAACCAAAUUUUAAGGUACAGUCAGCCAAACAACAAUUAGCAGUGAAUUAAUCCAAAGUGGUUGUAUUUCAACUAUAUUCCCUUAGGUAGACUCUUUAAUCACAAAAAUGACUCAUCUGCUCCACACAGGCAAGAUGGAGUUGGUUGUGUAGUUAUCCUUUGAACUUGGCAACCACUCUGGAUAAUUCAGCUAAAAACAAAACCAAAAAAAAUAUUAUUUUCCUUAGUUGCAGAAGAGUCUUCUGGAUUCAUCUAGAUAAUCACUUUAGCUUCUCACUUCACAUUCCUUCUGUAGAUACUAUGUACAGAUAGUGGCACUUUAAAUUUUGAGUUUUGUUUCUGUGCACCACUGUUUAGCAUUUCUGAUUUACCCAUGCAUAUACCAUUCCAGAGAUAACUUUGCCUUCUGGAAAUGUUAGCUUUGGAACAGUGAGACUACAACUGAUGGAAUUUGGUAAAUUUCUUGUGAGAGCUGGCAGGAACAGUCUGGUACAAUGAAGACUUCUGUCCUGAGAAGAAAGUUGCCUGAAAAAAUUAUAACCAGUCUCUUGUAAAAAGCAUUACUGAAGAGUAUACUGCUGCAAUUAGAAAUAUCAUUUUGAAUCAGCAUUGCCAACCUUGAUCUUCAACACAGCAGGUUUCAUUUUUUUUAAAAUUCCCUCCUGAAAAUAGGAUCAGUGUCUCGGAUUCUAGAGUAUCUGAGAAUAGUGACAGGCUCUCUAGUAGCUAGUGAAUCCUGUAAUUAUAACAUGCUCAUUUCUAAGAAAUAUGUAACCUACUAGCACUGCAAACAGGAACAGGGUAUACCAUGAUCAGAAAAAUGUUAAUGACAGUCAUUGUUGGUGUCCACCAUUCUGGUUAAUACCCACUGUUUUUGAAGUGAGUAUGUACCUCCUCUGACACUGUCAUUUUACCAGACAUUUACAGCAUGCUGUACUGUAUAUUUUCAGGUAGAAACGCCUGGCGUUCCCUCCUUUACUUUCCUAGGGCUUGUGCUAAGAACCCAACAAGUGGAAUGCGUACACCUUUGCGAUAAUUCUUAUAUUUUCAAAUUAUCUUGCUGUUCAUUGAAAAUAUAUCAGUAGUUUUCUCUGAGGUUAAAGAAAAAAGUAUAGUAUCGUAACUGGUCUGAUUUUAAAAAGUACUAAUGAUGUAGCUAAUAAUACUGCUCCAUUUUUUUCCUGGAGCUAAUUAUAAUCUUUGCAGUCAUUUUACAGGAGGAAGGAUGUUUCUCUCCACAAGGGAGAAAACCUUGUAAUGUUGUUAGCAAGCCAUCAAUACCAAUCACAAGGCAAUAUUGGUGAACCCUUGGGGAGUAUCUAGUCUACUCCACUAGCAAAUCCAGACAGGUGGAUCAGGUCACAGCUUUUGACAGUGAAGUGGUUAAUUCCCAUUUAAACCUUCAUUUAUAGAAUUUCUUUGCUCUAACCUAUAAUAGAGACAGAGUUUUACUUUAGCAAAUGAGAAUACUGGUUUUACUCAUGACCUAUCUAUCCAGCUGCAUGGAGCAACAAAUCUAAACUGAGUGCCAAAAGGAAAAAAAAAAGUUAAUCUGGUUCUAAGCCUCAUCAAAUCUUGCCUGAUGCUCCUUCCCACACAAGGAAUAAUUCUAGGAAACUGAAGCUUACAUCCUUCCCUAAAUUAUACAACAGGGUCAUAUAGAGCACUAGAGGAUGUGUUUGUAAAAGAUUUAUCAGAGAGAUUCUUGCACAAAUGUGGUACUGUAUUUGCUAAUGAAUCAGGCAGUUGAUUUUCUUUUCUGUUGCAUUGUUUUUUAAGUAGCACAGCCACGAGAGUAGCACAAAGGGAAAAUGGAGCAGGCAUGAAUUUUGCUGGUGUAGGAAAACACAUUGGAGACUUUUAGAAAAGUGCCUCCAAAUUUGUUUCAAUAUUUGGCAAAAACAAAGCAUUGAGCAAAGGUGCAUCCCAAACAAGAGUAGUAUGGCACCAAGUAUACUCAUUAAAAAUGAAUCAUAAUGAUUUAUUAUCCAGUGAGCCAUAUGCUGAGUUGGUUAUAGUUUGUGUUUGGUAGAUUUUACCCUUAACCUUGGACUGCUAGUGGCUGGAAAAUCUGCAUUAUCCCUCUUCUUAGACCUACCAUGUUGCACACAUUGUUAACUUCAAAACUUCACUCUACAUUAUACAGUACCUUGUUGAUAUAUUCAGUAAAGACUUAUUUUAAAAAA